GCCCCCUUCCUACCGGCUGUCGUCCCAGUCCCGUGCUGGCGGGCGGAUCUCGCGAGAGUGGCUGUGUAAGUCUAAGAUGGCCGCCGGUGCUGCUGCUGCUGCUGUGCUGCGCUCUCCGUGAGGGAUGUGAGGCGCCCGCUGGCCAGCGCUCACCCGGUGUCGGAUCUCCCGGGCCGGAGCCGCAUGUCCGGGGCCUGUCCCCGCCCUCCCCUCCUGCGUCGCCCGCCUCCCCCACCGCGAUGACCGGGGAGAAGAUCCGCUCCCUCCGCCGGGACCACAAGCCGUGCAAGGACGAGGAGCUGCUGGAGCCCGAUGAGGAGGCCACGGCCGGGGGCGGCACCGUCACCCGGGGCGGCAAGAACAAGAGCGGCAAGGGCUUCUCCAACCACCGGCUCAUCCGUCCCCCCUCCCAGCAGGCCCUGACCGGAGACGGGGAGUCCAAGCCCGGCAGCCAGUACCCGGUGCACGAGUGCGUCUUCAAGGGCGACAUCCGCCGGCUGUCCUCCCUCAUCCGCAGCCACAGCAUCAGCCAGAAGGACAGCCACGGUAAUUCUCCGUUACACCUCGCUGUGAUGUUGGGCAAUAAGGGUCAUCAGUCUCCUCAUCCCUGGCUUUCUGUGACUAAACUAAGGAGACGGGAACUACUCAUGCCUUGGCUGUUCAGUAUAAUCAUUGAGGCUGCGUACAGAGCAGUUACAGCGUUACUGAGAAAGCUGAAGCAGCAAUCCAGGGAGAGUGUGGAGGAAAAGCGACCUCGUCUUCUGAAUGCUUUAAAGGAGCUAGGAGAUUUUUACCUGGAACUUCACUGGGAUUUUCAAAGUUGGGUGCCUUUACUGUCCCGUAUUCUGCCUUCUGAUGCAUGCAAGAUCUAUAAACAAGGUAUUAAUAUCAGGCUUGACACAACUCUCAUAGACUUCACAGAUAUGAAGUGCCAACGAGGGGACCUCAGCUUCAUCUUCAAUGGCGAAGCUGCGCCCUCUGAAUCAUUCGUAGUCUUAGACAAUGAGCAGAAAGUGUACCAGAGAAUACAUCACGAGGAAUCUGAAAUGGAGACGGAGGAGGAAGUGGAUAUACUAAUGAGCAGUGAUAUCUAUUCAGCAACUUUAUCUACGAAAUCCAUCACGUUCGCACGCGCCCAGACGGGCUGGCUUUUCAGAGAGGACAAAACGGAACGUGUAGGGAACUUCCUAGCGGAUUUCUAUUUGGUCAAUGGGCUAAUACUGGAAUCCCGCAAACGGAGAGAACAUCUUAGUGAGGAGGACAUCCUGCGAAACAAAGCCAUCAUGGAGAGUCUGAGUAAAGGAGGAAACUUGAUGGAACAAAAUUUCGAGCCUGUGCGGAGACCGUCGCUGACACCUCCUUCUCCCAACACCAUUACGUGGGAGGAGUACAUGUCCGCAGAGAAUGGGAAGGCUCCUCAUCUUGGAAGGGAACUUGUCUGCAAAGAGAACAAGAAAACCUUUAAGGCAACAAUUGCUGUGAGCCAGGAUUUCCCUCUGGGAAUUGAAUCACUGCUGAAUGUUCUAGAGGUAAUAGCACCUUUCAAGCACUUUAACAAACUCCGGGAAUUUGUACAGAUGAAGCUUCCUCCGGGGUUCCCUGUAAAACUAGAUAUCCCGGUGUUCCCCACAAUCACGGCCACUGUAACAUUUCAAGAGUUCCGCUACGGAGAAUUUGAGGAGGCCAUUUUUACGAUACCAGAUGACUACAAAGAGGACCCCAGCCGUUUUCCUGACUUAUAACGUGGAAAAUCUUCUCCGCUCCAUGAUCUGUAGCUGACGCAAGCGGCCGCAUGGGAUAGUGGUCCAAGGUCCUUUUAAAGAUAACUGGUUCUCUGUGGUCCCCCUGCAAAUGUAAAGCAUUGAGUGCAGCAUACUCGGAGAUCCAGGAUUGCUACAAGCUGCAUGGUCUGAUAAGUCAGCGACACUAUUGGACAAAGUAGAUCCUCGCUCUCCGCCGCACUUCCAGGUCUUACAUCUAUUCAGUUUCUCCAUUCCGCAAUGCUGACGUGGGGCUCUUCCAUAGUGUUAGAGUCUUCACACACAAAUCCUGUAUAAAUUCUACCUUACAAUUUAGGGUGAAAUUUUAAAUUAUCGUUGUUUUUUUUGUCCCAUCAUAAAUUAUGCGCACUGUAAUAUUAUGUAUAGAUUCCUGUUUGGAUAUAAAUAGAAGGAAUAUUCUUUAUUUGAAUUAAACCAAUGUCUAUUCAAUAAAUUGCAGAAACCCUCGCCCACGGCUGCAGAGCACAGAAAAUCGCUCUGCAGUUUUGAGUAAAGUAAAGCGGUGGGUGCUGUUUUUAAUUAAAUUUAUUAUUUUCAGGUGUUUUUUAUUUUGUUUUUAUGUUUUCUAUAAAGUCCAUGUUAUUCAUGGUAAUGUUUUCUUUCUGUUGUACAAGUAUCUUGUUUUAUUUGCAGUUGUUGAAUUUCCAUGUGUUCAAUGUCUACGAGAUCAUUCGAUUUUGAUAAUCAGACACUUACCUUAUCUGGAGCCGGAAGUCGUCAGUCUAGAAUCGUUUAAAUUCUUCGCUGCUUUUCUGUAUAUGCCGUGAAAUUAUAGUUGCCAUCGCAAAUGUAACAUUCUUCUUUAUAGAACGACGCAGCAGCCGUUGCGAGGAAAAUUGGUUUCACAGUGAGGAGAGAUAGCAGCCGAACAAGCUUUAAGGGGCUUUUCUUUCAAAAACAAAUUCUGCAUAAAGGGAUGAAACGGACAGGCGUGUCAUUUUUGUACUUGGCAUGAUGUCUUUACUGGACAAGAGCGCCCCCUUCCCCGUCUUUUUUUAAGACUGCAUUUUUGGUCCGUACAGCUGCUUAUCAAGAUCCAAACAGAGGUUUUGUUUAUGCCUAGAGUACAGGGAAAAGGCACUUUUUAAUAGAGAAAUAGACUACAUUUUACUAUACGAUAUUAGCGAAACGGAAAACAAACGAGAGGCCGAUUUAGCAGACACGUAAUAUAUCGGCCAUACAAUGCACUCUGGGUAAUCCGAAGCAGAAAUUCAGAUAAGUCAGGUCUUCCAAAUCGCUGCUUCUUACUGAAAGGGAGUUGUCCUGCUCCAUUGAAGAACAAGAACUGUUUCCAAUCUUCAUCGGUCAAUAGAUCUUUUUACUGGAAGUUGUACACUUCACUCAUUUUUACUUUUUUUUUUUUUUGUUAACUGGUAAACAAAUAACCAUUUCUUGCUGGACUCGCACCUAGUUCUGGUUUUAAUUAAACAAAGUUCAAUCUGUU